AUGGAUUGGAGCAGCAAGUCACCAAGAAAUUUCUUCAAUGAGAUCAUCUUGAAUCUCCACGCUCAUGCCCGUCUCUUCACAACUCGCGAUGUAACGGGGAAAGGCGUGGUCGGCUAUAGUAGGACAUUCUUGAUCAUUAUCAUCACAGGAGCUCUCCGUGACAGCUUCCGUCUGCUCCACAAUGUCUUCUUAGCGUUGUUCAUCCUCCUCAUCUUCUUGUAG